AUGAGGAUCGUGAGCUGUUAUCCGAUUCAUACUUUCAUGUUUUUUGUAUUCGUCGUAUCAGUUGGAAGUGGUUUCGACCUUCUUAGAAAAACUAUUGAGUCGGCUCAGUGCCUUUUUGGUGAAUGCUGCAGUAACGCUCUUCAUUUUAAUCACGAAUGUAGGUCUGCCUUGCUUCACUUUUUUCAGAUUUUUAUGACGUUGGAAGAUACAACUUCUGAUUUUUCUCGUUUGUUACAGGCUCACUUAGAAGAUCCGAGUCCUCGCAGAAGCUUGGUACUUUCUCUUCAUGGAUUUACGGGCGUUGGUAAAAACUACGCGGUCUCAAUUUUGGCGUCAAGCAUGUUUAAAGCCGGAGAAAAGAGCAGGUUUUACCGUCGCUUCGAUGCGACCAUUGAUUUUCUUUUCAAAGAUUCGGUUGAACUCUAUAAGGUAUACUCUCUUCCCUUAAUUCAACAGGUAGUUAGCAAAUGCGAACGAUCACUGCUGGUUUUCGACGAGGUCCACAAAAUGCCUUCCGGCAUCCUGGAUGCUCUUGUCCCCCUUUUGGGUUUUGCAGAAUCCGUUAAGGGUGUGGACUACAGAAAGGCCAUUUUUUCGAUUCAGUAUGGUGACCUCCGCCGAGCACUGUCGAUGUCGAUCUACAACGAAGAAGGGGCUCUCAAGUUUUCGGACCUCAUAAGUAGUCAUGUGGUAACUGCAGCAGUGCCUUUCCUCCCACUGCAGGAGGUGCACAUACGCUCGUGCAUCGUUGACGCAGCACGCCGCCUGGGAGUCGAAGAUACUGAGGCGAUGAUCGACUUUGUGCUGAAUGAACUAGAUUGGGAGCCCGAGGAUACCCAUCUCUUCUCAAGCUCGGGAUGCAAACUGGUUCAUGAAAAGGUCGGUUUCUACCUACAGCAACGCAGCUUUGGGUCCAGAUCCACCACCAUUCGCGAUGAACUCUAG